AUGACAGAAGGGAACAAUAUGCCAGAAGGUGAUACAGCAGGUAAAGAUGAGGUGCCCGUCGGCGUGCCCGCGGAGGAGAAGCGGUCUGAGGAGGAGAAGAAGGAGAACGGGCAGAGCAGCGUGCCCAUUCCGGAGCAACCCGCGGCUCCUGGAGCGGAGGAGGUCGAGUUUGUACACCCAGAGGGCGGCUGGGGUUGGCUGGUCAUGCUUGCUGCCAUGUGGUGUAACGGCUCGGUGUUUGGGAUCCAGAACGCCUUCGGGAUCCUCUUCCUCUCCCUCCUCCGGGAGUUCGGCUCCGAGGACGAUGAAGACCUCCGCUUCAAGACAGCACUGGUGGGUUCCCUCUCCAUGGGGAUGAUCUUCUUCUGCUCUCCCAUCGUCAGCGUCUUCACCGACAUCCUCGGCUGCAGAAUUACCGCCGUGGGCGGCGCUGCUGUCGGCCUGGUCGGCCUGCUGGCCAGCUCCUUUGUCACGUCCCUGGGUCCCAUGUACUUCACCUAUGGCAUUGUGUUUGCCUGCGGCUGCUCUUUCGCCUACCAGCCCAGCCUGGUCAUCCUGGGCCACUACUUCAAAAAGCGCCUGGGUCUGGUGAAUGGCAUUGUGACGGCCGGCAGCAGCAUCUUCACCAUCACGUUGCCCUUCGUGCUGUCGGGCCUGCUGGAUAAAGUGGGCCUCCAGAACACCAUGCGCGUCCUCUGCAUCCUCAUGUUUAUUCUGAUGCUGGCCGGCUUAACCUACAGGCCCCUGCUGCCAGUCAAAUCCAGCAACACCCGCACAGGCAGCCGGUGUCCACCCAUGAGCCAGAUUUUCAACGUCAAUAUCUGGAAGUCUUUGGGAUAUCGCAUUUGGGCCUUCGGUAUUCCUGCAGCCCUCUAUGGCUACUUUGUGCCUUAUGUUCACCUGAUGAAGCAUGUGGAGGAGCGUUUUGGAAAAGAGGCCAAUAAAGAAGUUCUGCUCAUGUGCAUCGGCAUCACGUCCUGUGUGGGCCGUCUCAUCUUCGGCAGAGUGGCAGACUACGUUAAUGGAGUCAACAAAGUCUACCUGCAGGUGACCUCCUUCUUCGUCAUCGGCCUCAUGUCCAUGAUGAUCCCUCUGUGCAACAUCUUCGGCGCGCUGAUCGCCGUGUGCCUGCUGAUGGGGCUGUUCGACGGCUGCUUCAUCUGCAUCAUGGGCCCUAUCGCCUUUGAGCUGGUCGGGGACAAAGAUGUGUCCCAGGCCAUCGGCUUUCUGCUGGGCCUGAUGUCCGUGCCCAUGACUGUGGGGCCCCCCAUCGCAGGCUUCCUGAGGGACAGACUGGGUAGCUACGACGUGGCCUUCUACUUGGCAGGUAUCCCCCCGAUCUUCGGAGGCGCCGUGCUGUGUCUGAUACCCUGGGUGGAGGCCCGGCGCAAGAGGAAGGAGAAGGAGGACGCCCUGAACAAAGAGCAGGGUGAACUGCUGGCCGGCCAGAAGCGCGAUCACGAGAAGGCUCAGGAGGACGCGCUGAGCAAAACUGGAGAGUCUGUCCUCUAAGUGUCCCGCUGAACCGACUGAAAGAGACACGCACACACAACGGGGUUCAGACUGACACUGCUGAGUACUGACAUAAAAGUAGGAGUAAGAUUGUAACAACUGCCUUCAGUAGAAGAAAAUGCCAAAGAGAUGAAACAUAUCAAAUAAGAGUCAAAGGGUUGAAGUACAGUUCGACAUGAAUGUGAUCCCGAAGAACUAUGCAUUAGAUUGUUCUGACUGAACUAAUCUCAAAAACAACAGGCACAAACUUGAGGUUUUAAGCGAAAAUUGAGAAAACGGAACAUUUCAUUUCAUUUGUCACAAGGGAAAAGAAGAGGUGCUGUGCUGUACUAUAAAUGCGGUGUAUUCACAGCUUGAGCCAGUGUCUCAACCAAAAAAACACUUUCAGAUGGACUUUCUUUACAAUCAGUUUUCACCACUACCAUAUGUUUCUUUUUAGAUGUAGAAAUAUAGCAUAAAAAAGAAGUCAUUGAAUUGUACACGACAGGAACCCAGUCAUGUGUGGGAACAUAACUUGAUUCAGCCUCAGUCGACAUCUUUUGUUUUUGCGUCAGCGCAAAGCAAACUGGUCUGCUAAACAUUUCUCCUUUAAACCUGCCAUUUUCAUUGUGUCCAGUGUCCCUCAGACAGGACGCUUCUUAAAGCCAAAAAUUGUAAAUACUGGGGGUAAUGUGUUGAUAGUGUUUCAAAGGGACAUCCGGAGGUCCUCAUUAGUGUUAGUCCUGAAGCUCUGGGAUCCUCUGAGCUUUAAGGGUGCUCAGACACUUGAAGCGAAGCAGCUUUUAAGCACAAUGGUUCUGCUCUGUCCUCCAGGCUGGAUCCAGGAAAUCACAUCUUUUAUACAAAGAGCUGUACUCAAGGCUGGAUUACCAAAAAAAAGGCCCUCAGGGGCCAAAAGGCUCCAACCUUCACUGUGUCGCAAUUAGUUUGUGGUAAUAAAUUGCAUAUUAGUUUGGUAAUUCUGUAUGGAUAUAGUGUAGACUGAAAUGAUCGAGACCUUAAAGUGAUGGUUCGGAGUAAUUUCACCCUAGGGUCCUUUGCACCACGACCUCGAGCCAAACACCCCCCCAGAAGCUUUUUUCACCUGGGUC